GCGGGGGACUGGCGGUCCGAUCAGGGGCAGCAGCAAUGGCAGUGGCAGCAGGGGCAAUGGGCGGGUUUUCAGAGCCCUAGUGCAGGGGGUGACGGUGUUAGUGGAGGCGGUGGUCGGAGAGACGCAGCUGGCCACUCAUACAGCAGCGGCGGUGGUGCCCCGCCCCCGCCUCCCCUCCUGCCGGCUGCCGUGGACCCCUCCUCGCCCUUCCGCAGCACGGAAUGGGACGGCCCGGUUGUUCACUACUCAGCUGCUGCUGGCGCUCCUGGCAACAACCCGACCAACCUGCUCCGCUUAUCUUCACCACUCCUGCCGUCACCUCUACCCUCCCCACUUCCAUCACCGCCGCCGCUGCUGCCCUCACCUCUUCCCUCGCCCUCACCGCUCCGUCAACGCAAGCCCGCCGCCGCCACCGCCUCUUCGCCGUACAAUCCCACCUCCGCCGCCACCGCCUCCGCCGCCGCCGCCACCGCCGCUGCUUACGCCUCCGUUGCCGCCGAGCGGUUCAGUCAGAACACGGAGGGUGUUGCGGCCCGCAGCUUCUACAACGAGAUGGAGGAGGCGAUGUGUUGGGGCUGCGGACUGUUCGACGACCAGGACGCGGACACCAUCAAGGAAAUCAUCCUGGAGCGCUCCUUCUCCCCCACCGCCAAGGCACGCCAGCUGUCCAGGUGCUUCUUCAGCUCCCGCACCGUGUUCAGCUUCAUCAUCAGUCGGCUCUACGCAUGGGGCGCCGUGUGCGCCAUGUUCAGCGCGCCGCCGCCGCCGCCGCAGAAGAACCGCGGCAGCCCUGACGGCGCCGAUGACAGCCCUGACGGAGGUACGACAACACCCCCUCCUGGCCCCUCCGCAGCAGCAGCAACCUCAGCCACCGCCGCCUCCACGCCCCGGUCAACCCGCGCCGCCAACCGCCGAAGCGGCGUCAGACGAUCCGUAUCGCCGGGUCGGCCGUACAGCCCUCUGCGGCGCAGCAGCGGCGGCGGCGGCGGCGGACUGGGUGGCGGCGGCGGCCGGCAGGAGUGGACGAAGGGCGAGCCAUGGGAGCAGGGACAGCCGCGGCAGCAGCAGCAGCCUGAGCAGAGGCGGGAGGACGAUCGGUACCCUCAGUGGCCUCAGGGGCAGCAGUACCCCUCGGGGGACCAGCAGCAGCAAUACCAGCAGCAGCAAUACCCGCAGCACCACCAAGGCACUCCUCCACCGGACCCCUACCAACAGCAACACCCGCACCAGCCCCUGCACCGCCAACCCCCGCCGUCGCAGCCUUACCCACACCGGCAGUACCACCAGCCCCAGCCCCAGUACCCCCCACCGCACCCCUCGCAGCCGCAGUGGCAGCAGGCAGCAGGGUGGGGACAGGGCGGGGCACACUACGUGCAGCCCCAGCCCCACCCGCAACCGCAACUCCAGCCCCGACCCCCGCCCCACCACCACCACCAAGACCAGCAGCGCCACCACGCACCGGGGCCCCUAGCGGAGGCGACGGAGGGCGGCAGUGGCAGUGGCGGCAGCAGUGGCAGUGGUGGUGGUGGUGUGUGGGGUCGCCGCCACCGCAGCCCCCCGCCCCACCUGGAAACCCCACCUGCUACCGCUGCUGGCCACCCUGACGCUGUGCCCGAGCCCGACCACUGCAUUAGCCCCACCACCACCACCACCGCCCCCGCCGCCGCCCCCACCGCCUCCUUCCGCUUCCCCGCGCCCCUCGCCGUGCCGCUGUCACCCGCGCCCCCCGCGAGGCCCCUCCCGGGCUCCCCGCUCCUCUCACCCGCUGGGAUGCUGCCGGCGGGGGGGACUGCAGGGGGCCGCAUGUUUGCAUCCUACGACGGCCCGGCCCUGGCAGCGGCGGCAGCGGCGGUUGCGGGUACGGCAGCAGCAGGAGCGCCCGUGGGUACGGCGGCGAGGACGAGGGCGGUGUCCCCGGUACGACAGAGCGCCCCGGUGCUGCGACGGCACCCCCGGGCGCGUGAGGGGGGUCGCAAGCAGGUGCGCAUUCGGCAGCCGGGGACCUCCUCCUCGGGCUGCCGGGGCGGCGUGCGGUGGUCCGGAGGACUUGGAGGGGAGCAGGAGGAGGAGGAGGAAGAGGAGUUUGAGCUGCGACCGGAGAAGUCCCCUCUGCAGCAGGCUGCCGAGCUGGAUUCCGAGCUGGGCUUCUUCCGGCGGCUGCACGCCUGCCGCUCCUGGGCGGUGUUCAGCCGGGGGCCGGCGGGGCAGCGGCGCCUGCUGCAGCGGCUGGGGCUACACCCGGGGGAGCGAACAUCCAUACGCAACACGGUGGAGGCGCUGGCGGACAUCGUGCAGCUGCAGCAGCAGCGCGAGGCCAGCGGACCCAUGGGUCAGCGCUCCGAGGCGCCCUCGCCCGCCGCGCCGCCUACCCUGCCCUCCGACCCGCUCUCCCUGUCACCCCUGGACGAGGCGCCCUUCCUCUUCGUGCUUCAACACCGCAACCUCCCCCACCACCACCGCCACCGUCACCAUAACCCUCACCAGCACCACCAGCAGCAGCAAGACCCCGCCGGGUCCUGGACUCGCAGGUCCGGUGCCUCCGCCUGGGCGGACCAGCACCAGCACCCCCGGGGGCAGCACCAGCAGCACCCGCAGGCGGUGUAUGGUGGCGGAGCGGACGGCAGCAGCAUCAGCAGCAGCAGCGGUGGGGGGCGGGAGGACGCCCUGGAGCUGCUGACGGGGCGGAGGGAGCGGGUGGAGGGGGAGGUGCGCAGCGGCCUGCGGGCGCUAGCGGCGGCGGCAGGGGGUGGGGGUGGUGGUGGGGGUGGUGUGAGCCUGCGUGGCUCCUCCACCACUGCGGCUGCCGGGCUGCGGUCGGCCUUCCUGGGGGCGUACCUGGGGGCGAGGACGGAGGCGGAGGAGGAGCUGCUGGGCGGUCCCGGUGUUGAACUGUGGGGGCGGCUGGUGGGGCGCCUGGCCGCCCGGCUGGCAGCUCGGCGGCUGCAGCUGCUGCUGCACUGGGUGGCUGGGGAGCUGGCGUUCAGCGAGGGGUGCGAGGAGCGCAUACACUGGCUCAGCGAGGCGCUGGUUGAGUCCGACCCCGACGCGCCCCCCGAGCUGGACUGGAGCUUCGCGCGCUGCAGCCGCACGCUGGCGGCGCUGGUGGCGCAGCUGGCGGACCCGGAGC